AUGGCUCAAAGAGCUGCAAUAGAGCUCGAUGUCUUCAAUAUCAUUGCUAAGUCAGGGCCAGAAGCUCAUCUUACAUCGAAAGAAAUUGUUUCAGAAAUCCCCACCACAGAUCCAAAUGCAGCAGCUGAGAAUCUAGAGCGAAUCCUCAACCUUCUCAGUGCCGUCAAAUCCCUCCUUUCUACAUAUCUCAAACAAAGACACAAUGACAAAACACCACAAAGGGCUUAUGGUCUAACAAAAGAAGUACUACUGUGCCUAGUGCCAAAUGAAGAUGGAGUUUCGUUCACAUCAGAAAUUAUCUCAGGCUCUGAAAUGCACAUUAUACAGAGCUUAUGCAUGCUCAAGCACCCGGUGCUGGAACCGGGGAGUGUUCCUUUCUGUAAAGCCCAUGGAGUAAGCUUCUACGAGUUCAUGUCCGAGAGACCUGAGAUGAUUUCAUGGUUCAACAAGCACAUGAGAACUGCCUCUUAUUUACAUUUUGAUCUGAAGGUUCUCAAGGUCUAUGAAGGUUUUGAAGAAGUGAAAGAGCUGAUGGAUGCAGGGGGUGGUGAUGGAAGUUCCCUCGCAAAAAUUGUGUCUAUGUAUCCUCAUAUCCAUGGCAUCAAUUUCGACAUCUCUAGUGUCAUUGUUCAGGCUCCUAAUUAUCAAGGUGUGAAACAUGUAAGUGGAGAUUUGAUACUUCAUAAUUGGGAUAACAAGCAUUGCGAGAAGAUAUUGAGAAACUGUUGGGAGGCAUUACCAGAAGCCGGAAAGGUGAUAGUUGUGGAAUAUUUUGUGCUUCCCGAAGAGCUGAAGAAUACCCCAGAAACAAUGCAGAUUUUAGCAGAUGACAUUUUCAUGAUGACAUUGUUUGAUGGUGGUAAGGACCGAACAAUAGCUGAAAUGGACAACUUAGCCAAAUGUGCAGGGUUUACUGAAACAAUGUUUUUCCCUAUUUCUCAUGGAACCUAUGUCAUCGAGUUCCUGAAGAAAAGACAAUAA